UGACAAGGCAGGGGAGACCGGGGAGAGCACAGACAACACUCCAUCUGUGUGAGCCACAAAGAGGCUCGACACAGCAUUUUAUCCCGGGUUCUCCUGUAGACUGCCAGCGAGGAAGCGCUCCCGUCGUAACUCCUUGAUGGCGUGCCGUGCCCCCUCGCUUUACUGUAUUCUCACGGCGGGGGUGGAACAGGCAGUGUGCAGUCUCGUCUCUGGCGACUCCCCAAGCUAGUAGUCAGCGCGGACUAGAGUAUCAAACUCCAGCAGUAUAAAGCUCCCCUUAGCUGCUCGUGUCUUUCUAACUCGGGUGACAAGACCAGAGGCUAUUUUGGUUAUCCUCCCUGUUUUGGUCAUUUGCUUAACUCGAGUCCUGAGCGGUAGCUAGUCCCUUAUUGCUACCCUAGAGGCAGUGUGGAUAAGGGAAAACCAAGCCUUCUACAAGUCUAUUAAUUGCAAACACAAUUCGGUACAAGAUUGGUAAGACUAAACACCCAUAACUCAUCCUAACAUGUAACAGUGCCAACCUACACAUCCUCACUCUCCUGAACAUUAGUUAUACCUACGGCACCCAGCCAGAAAUGUAUUUAUUGGUAAUACAUUUGCACAACACAAUGAGUCAAAAGAACUAGCUGGCAUAAACAUAAAUUAAUAAUUCUGUUUGCGAGGGAGAGAAAUAUCCUUCCACAUCUCCAUUCUCUUACUUAUAGGUUCUAUCACCAAAGAGGGAAGGGAUAACUAAAACACCCUUUAUGUAACAAUACGUAUGAUUAAAAAAAAAAAAAAAAGAUCAGUAUGUUACAAAUUUGUCUGGUUAUUUAAAGGGAGAACACACAUGUGUGGUCUUUGUAUGUAAAGUGCAUAUGUAUGUAUCUGCAUAUGUGUGUAUGUAUAAAGAAAACUGAAGAAAAAGAGAAUAAAGUGGAUGGAUUGUGGGCCUUUGUGGUAGAUGAAGACAAUAUGAUUAUGGGCAGUAUGUAAUUGAAAAGUCCCUUAUAGACUAAGCCGUCUUUUUUUUUUUUUUAUCACUAUCAACAAGGUAAUGGAUAGUGAAGCGAUGUGUGGGAAUACUGAGGCUUGUAUGCAACCAUAUAAUUAGUAGCGGCUUAUGACAAAAAUAGCAUGUGUGAGGUAAUAUCAGGUUAUAGAAUGUAGAGAAUACAUCCACCAAAAGUUAAUGAAGGCAAAUGAGAAAAAAAAAAAAAAAUUCGGUCAAGAGAAAGAGCUGCUGCUAUUGAUGACAAUUAAUCAAGGAAUAUUUCACGAUUUAUAUAGUAAUUUAAUAAUGUUUAGCAUCACAGUAGGUGGGAGUGUCGCUAUAAUUAUAGUGACAGAUUUCGAGGCGUGUUUAAAUAAAGCGUAGCCAGGCUCUAUUGCAGAGACGCGAGGAAAGCGCGAGGCGAGGCGAGGCGAGGCCAGCAGCAGCGUCAGCAUCAGCUGUUGUUUACAUCCUGAGGUGAGGCGGCAGGCGGGCACUGCACGGCCACGCAGCAGCAGGACGAGGCACUUCACGCGGGGCACAGCAGUGAGAUGGAAGACGCAGUGAGCCCCCAGUGGACAUUGGUGAUCAGAAAUGAUGGAGAAACCAGCGUAGUGCCCCUAGCAGAGGUGUCAGCACUGCAGCAGGAUGAGGCUGCCAUUGGAGACAAGAAUUCUACCAUCAUUGUUCUUCAGACUCAUGAACAAGAUGUACUUGUGGACAACUCAGGGCUAGAACUUAGCUCUUCUCAAGCCAUCUCACAGAAUGAUCCAGUGAGUGAGGGAGAAGCUGAGCAUGUGGCUGACUUCAUCACAGUGUCAGCAGGACAGGAAGAGGGAGUUGUUGACCCACUUAGUAUCACUAUUGCUGACACCUCUCACCACCUCCCAGAUAUUGGUCCUGACACACUGGAUAACAUCCACAUCAGUGUUCUGGCUGCGAGUGAGGUGACUCAAGCCAUUCCUGAAAAAGCUGCCACUGAGGAUUCAGUCCCAGCUCCAUGUGAGAUUCAGUCUUUGGAGCCACCCAUUGCUGCUGCCACUGCUGCUCCUGCUAUCAUAUCCUCAGGAUCUCAGAGGUUAAGCUCAAUAGGGCAUGGAGCAGAUACACCAGCCUUCACUCCUGUCUAUGAAGAUUCUAGACAGCCUACAAAACAUUGGAAAGAGAAAGAACGAAAGGAAAAGUUGAAAAAUCUCGGUGUCAAGUUUAGAUUAGGGAGAGACUUCACCAAGCAGCAAAGGAAAGAAGACUUUUGCAGCAAGGUUGAUUUGUGGACCCAGAAAUUGGCUUGUUCAAAUGAGCUUGUUGAGCCAUUUGAGAGGCUUGAGGCCACACUGCACAGGGAUAUUACUGCAGAGCUGGGCCUGGCUUCCAGCAGGAACAUCUUCAUCAGUCUCCAACAGCAGGGCAUGGCUCGAGGAGUGAGAGUGACUGAGACCAGUCCGGGCCACAUUGUGGUGUCUGGGUCUCUCAUGGAGCUUCUUGCCUCCAGGGACAUCAUUCUGGAGGAAAUAAGAAAACUAAGAGGUCUAUCAGAGAAUGGGACAUCACCUACUACUCGUGAUGUUGGUGUCAUGUGUGAGUUGAUUCCCUCACCUGUCACUACUCGUCAUGCCUCCACCCUGGGCCUAGAUCGCUCUGCCAGGCGCUACCAUUCCGUCCUCUCCCGUCCACUCUCACCAGAGCCAAGUCCACUGCGCAGGAGAUCCAAGAAGCAGUUAGUGGGCCACUCCAGUGCAAGGAACACUGACAAGAGGCGCCUGAUGAAAGACUUUCCUGAAAGGGUGACCAAGAAGCAUGCACAGAACCAAAAUCUUAAGAAUGUUGAGUGUGGAAUAAAACCCAAGAAUAAAAAUGGUAUAUUCUCAGAAUGCAUUCAUCAAAAUUCUCAAGAGGAAGAUCCUCAUAAUAGUCUGAGCAUGUCAGGUGUCAAGACUGAACCAUGUGCUGUUCAGACCAUAAGUAUAAGCAAUCAAAGUUCUGCAGAGAGUGAAAGGGUGAAAAAUGAAGAUAGUAGUGACUUGAAGGCUCUAGGGAUGAGUCAAGAUGGGAGCAGUCUUGCUGUGUCAGCAGUGAGGGAAGGGGAUGGGACCAAACCUCCAGAGAGGACUGUUCAUACAGAACUUAAUAAGGCUGAUAGUUGUUUAGAAAAUAUUAAUAAUGACUGCUGUAAUGUAAACAAAUCAAGGCAGCAAGUAGAUGAGGUGGACAUGACCAUGAAGGAUGAAGUGUUUGACCAGCAAGAAACCUUCAAAGAAACAGAAGAACUCCAAGACCCACAGAACUCAAAUCAGGUCAAAUUCAAGUUCUCAUGCAAGAUUUGUUCUUACAAGAGUACUAGAGAAAAUCACUUCAUCAAACAUAUGCAGCUCCAUGAAAAGGGUCUGGCACUGUACCGGUGCAGCGAGUGCAAUUUUGUGUCCAUACGAGCCAGCCACCUUCGGCGCCACAAAAUGUCCCAUGCUCUGCAAGUGCUCCACUGCCACUUGUGUGCUUACACGUGCGAUGACCAGAAGCUCCUGACUAAGCACGUCAGGGUCAAGCACCACACCCCAAAGCAACCCAGCCCUUCUGACAACAUGUUUGAAUGUGAGGAGUGUGAGUACAAGACCAGCUGGCACUAUGCAUUUCAAAAGCAUCAGCGUACCCACACGUCCUCCAAGGUGGUGGUCAUGCAUUCUUGUCCACAGUGUCACUACAAGACCGUGCGACGAGAACAUUUUUUGCGGCACAUAAAGAAUGUGCACCAGAACUAUCGGCCUUUCCUGUGUGACAUAUGCGGCAAGGCAUUCAAGAGGCAGGAUGCUCUCAAGCAGCACCACGUGUCUCACUAUCAGAAUCUGGCACAGGUAGGGCCAUAUGGUUUUGUGUGUCACAUCUGCCAGAAGGUUUGCAGGUCAGCGGCUUAUCUCAAGGAACACAUGGCAACACAUUCUGAGGAGCGGUCCUUCCUGUGUGAAGUGUGCGGUGCUUCCUUUAAGACUCGCUCAGUGCAGAGGAACCACGUGCAGACCAUCCACCGCCGACCAAGAGCCUUCACCUGUGUCACAUGUGACAAAAAGUUCAACACCAAGUUUGCUCUGCGCCGCCACAUGAAACAGCACGGCAGCAGCAUCCAAGACAUAGAAGAACUGCAAGACCUUGCCAGAAACUCCAGAGUGAACAGCAGUGUUGGGCGGCUUUGUGAGCUGCAGCCAGCUGCCUCUUCUCUGCUGCCCCAGGGGUCUACAAGUAUGGUUCACCUUCCUGGACGAAGUCGAUCAUCUCUACCCUCUGCACCUGAGUCACCCCCUCAACAUCCUUCAUCAGCCUGCCAGAUCACCAUUGAUGGCCAGCCACCUUUCCUAGUGCCCCAUCUUGAUUCCCAGCAUGCAGCACUUGAGAGCGGUGAAGCUUGCAUCAGUAAAGUAGGCAGUGGGACGUCUCUGGUAGGAGGUGAAGGAAGUAGUGGAGCUGAGCUGGCAGCCCUUGGAAAUACUCAGGCUGGGGCAACUGUGUCUAUGCCUGUUGUCCCUGCCACUGUCCACAUACUGAACCAGAACACCUUAUCUACAAGCUCAGGAGAUUUAAUCCUCUCAUCGGAGCACUAUGAUGGGAGCCAAGGCUCAGCGGUGGUGGGCGAUGACACAACAAAUUAUAUCAAUGCAGACCAUGGUAACUCCACCCUGUUAUACCUAACAGCAAACUUUAACUAAUCUUAAGUAGGCCUUAUGUAUACCAACCUCCAAAACUGGAGGUGCAUCCUGUAGGAUACUGUUGGCCUGUAGAUCAGUAUUAAAAGGAUGAUGGUGUGUUGUUUUGUAUAUUAGAUAUUAUUGUACAUUCACUUCUUUCUUUACUUAUUUAUUUCCAAAAAUAUUAUUUUUAUACUGAGAACUAGAUUGAGGUGACAUUGAUCCAAUGAAAUAUAUGUACAUACAUGUGGUUUUGUUCUCUUACUCUAAGAAAUUAGUCUUAAAAGCAGAUUUGUAUUUGUAUUUGUAUUUGUCAAAAGCUUGACUUACAUUUGGUGUGUUGAAUCUCUGAGGCACUAUUGAUCAAAGCUAUUCAUUAAGAAUUAUGGAAUGGAAUUGUAAUGAGCUCAUUUAAAAAGACCUCAAUGUAAUGUAGAAUUUUGUUUCCUUUUUGAAACGUAUUUGAACUACUCUUUUAUUUUCCAAAUUGUGAUGCUGUAGAAUAACAAUCUAAUGAUAUUUAGAUAGAUGAGUGAGCCAUCAUAUCAUAUUUGAAUGAACUACAGUUAACUCGAUUAACGUGAGUUUAAAUACUGCAAUUUUUUAUUUAACGCAACUUGAUAUUUAAGGAGAUGCGAUUAAAUAACAUAAUUUAUUUUAUUUAAAGCGAAUUAACUUGACCCAGUGACGUCAUGCACACUCACACUGCUUCUGGAGGAGAACCACACUGAGAAGCUUUCGGCCAGAUUCUCAAAAAAUACCUUCCAUAUUUGUUUGUUGAAAGAUACCGUCCAGGAGAAAUUGGUAUUCUUUAGAGUGCAUUCCCACAGCUUGGGAAGGCAAUGAUCAGACAGGAUUUACCUUUGCUGCAAAGAUGAACCAAGACCCAUCAUCAUCAUUACCUUCAUAUCAAGUUUGCCUAAAUACCUAUUAUUAUUUUUUUUUUGUGAAGUAAUUAACUUUAGAAACAUCUAAAUAUAUAAGCUAUCAUUGAAAUAGGCUUACUUUACAAAAAUUGUGAUUGGAAUCAAAUCCACGUGUGGAAUCCUCAAAACUUGUUGGUAGCACGUCGAUAAUAACAAAACCUUAUUGAACAAACAGGUCUGAGGAACAACAACAUCACUGCUGCCAAGCUUCAAUCAUCAUGUCUCCAUCUCCCAAGUUUUCUAUCAGAAUUCUACUUAGCUUAUGAUCAGUUUUGUCUUUAUCACUUGAUAAGUACCCAUUUAUAUAGAUAGUUGGUGGACUGUCCUCUUCUCAUCACCUGCACAGUUGAAGGAGGUGGCGAUUCUCCCCUGUGUUACGGCCACUAUAUGGCCAUCUGUGCUUUUAUUUGGAAGCAGUUUUCCUCACUCACCAAAUCUAUUAAUAAAUCACACUCUUCACCAGUAAUAGGGCUGGUUCUCUUCGUAAAAUUUUCCAUGUUGCCGGUAGUGGAAGAGUGAGACAGCGUGGUCUGGACUGUAUGGCUCAGUCAGCUGAUGUGAUGGUAAACACACACUGUUAUCAACCACCACCAAAUUAUACCUAUGGUUUAUGUUGUUAAAUGCAUUAUAUAAGAAUAAACAUAUGAGUAUGGGAUAAUAUUCAUGGCAUAUAAAUUCAUAUGACAAAUCACAUUGAAUUAAUAAUUGUGUAGUUUCCUGUACAAGAAAGAUGCAAAUGCGAGAAUGUGCA